AUGCCUGGAAAAGGAGAGGGACCCGUGAUUCACGAGGUGGAGCAGCUGGAAGAGACGGCCCUGACCGCAUGCCCUUGCCCUGGCCUGGCCUCACCUCUGGGGCGCCCGGGCCGGCGGAAGCCGAGGGGGGGCCACGAGGCGGCAGAGGCGGCCAUGGGCGCGCGCGUCCGGGCGCUGCUGCUGGCGCAGCUGUUGGUGCGAGCGGAGCUCCAGACGCAGGAGGUUCAGGAUCUGGACCAGCUGUUUCCAGGUUUCGAGAACUCGUCGUUGCUCACGUGGCCCUGCGGCCGCCGAACUAUUUCCAUGCGCGUGGUGGGCGGAAAGGACUCGGAGCUGGGGCGCUGGCCGUGGCAGGGCAGCCUGCGUUUACGGGGCUCCCACCACUGCGGGGCCACCCUGCUCAAUCGCCGCUGGGCGCUCUCGGCCGCGCACUGCUUCCUAAAGCACAAAGACCCCUCGAAGUGGAUGGUUCAGUUUGGUGAGCUGUCCUCCAGGCCACCUUCCUGGAAACCGUGGGCCUUCAACCAUCGCUACAGGGUGACAGAUAUCGUUAUGUAUCCCCAGUUCAGCGGGACUUCACUCAAGGACAUCGCCCUGUUGAGGCUGGCCUCCUCCGUCACCUACAAUAAGUACAUCCAGCCCAUCUGUGUCGCGGCCUCUUCCUCUGAGUUCCAGAACCGGACCGACUGCUGGGUGACUGGCUGGGGUCUCGUCUCACCCUCAACCCCUGCAGCUCUGCCGCCUCCUUUCCGUCUCCAGGAAGCACAGGUGUCCAUCAUAAACAACUCCAGGUGUGACUCCCUGUUGCAACAGACCGGUUUCCUCACUCACAGCCUGGAUGGUAUGAUGUGCGCGGUCUUUGAGAACGGCCACCAUGACGCCUGCAGGGGCGACUCCGGCGGACCCUUGGCCUGUGAGAAGAGAGGGCUGUGGAUUCAGGUCGGAAUCGUGAGCUGGGGACUGGGCUGUGGGAGGCCCGACCAGCCCGGGGUCUACACCGACGUCAGUACGUAUUUCAGCUGGAUGCAGGCGCUGAUGGCCCGCAGCGCACCUGGGCCAGGUCCCUGUCAGCUGCUCGCACCGCUCGCCGUGCUCUUGGCCGGGCUCCCGCCGCUGCGCUGCACACCCACACUGACCAGUCCCGACCUCGAGUCUCGCUCCAGCUGUCUGCACUAUUCAGGUUUGGGCGACAAACCGCAGCGCCCUCUCUGGAGCUGGGACCCGGGGGGCCUCCUCUCCCCUCCCCCGAGGCCCUCCAAGUUACCCCAAGAGGAUCACGCGCCACGACGCUGGAGCACGGUGCUGUUCGGUGGCCCCCCCCCAACCUCGGCCACCUUGCAGUGUGCUCCGCGGGACCCCUGGCAGAGCGGGCACUGCCCCUCCGGCGGCAGGCACGCUCGCUUCUGGGGGCCCGGGGCCUGUGUGAGGGGCUCCACGGGGACGCUGGCGCCUGCCUAA